ACCCCUCAUCUGGUGUGCCAGUCAGUCCCUGAAUCAGUCCUGCGCACCUUGAGGUCCAAAUUUGAGAAAGGGGACCCCCCCACCCCAACCAUACAAACCACUAAAGCAACAAGCUAGCUUUACAUAUAGGAGGCAACUGUUGACAUCCGGCCUUGACAAAGGUGAUGUCACCAUGCAAAUGUAAGAUGUUGUGUAACCUCAACCUCAGUGGUGGAAUAAAAUUUCCAACACAGUCCAUAUUACUGAAGCACUUCACUGAAUGAAGAAUGAAGACCACUCUCCACACACCCUUACCACACCCAGAGAGAAGCUAUUAAUAGUUUGACUGUGUCUCUUUACUGUCACAGUUUUUUUUGCACAGGACCUUCAAGUGGAUCCGUGAACAGUCAGAAUGAAAUGGGAGAAGUUUAAACCUCCAGAGCCAGAUGAUCCCAUGUGCUGUUGUGAGUGUGAUGUAGACCCACAUGGAUGCUGCUGUGACUGUGACGAUCUGGACGAAGCUUGCAGCAGGUGGUUAAAGGGUGAGCCUCAGAAACCUGACUGUGUGUUGCCUGUGUUUGGCGCAGUGAUGGACCGGCUGAGGGUGAGACUGUUACCAGGGGACAGGCGGGUGGAGCUCUCCAUGGUCCCAGCUCUAGUGUUGCUUCCUCUGCUAUUGCGUCUGGCAGCCCUGCACUUCCUGUUGGGCUUGGUCAUUCUGACAGCCCUACCUGGCCUGGUGCUGUGGUACUACUACGCCACACACCGGAAGAAGGGCCGCACCCUCUUCUUCCUCAGCCUGGCGCUCUUCUCCCUAGCCUACAUGUACUUCCUCUUUGUCACAGAGAUCUUACCUCGUGGGGAUGUAAGUCACCUGCAGCUUGUGACCGUGACAACGGGUGUGGUUCUCACUCUCAUCUCCCUUGUGCGCACUAAGAGGGGGCCAGGCUUCGUGCAGCCUUCCCUGGCUGACAUACACAGCACCAAUCAAAGCCAACUGCCUGACAAACACUCUGCCUCUCAGAAUGGAGUGGACCAGUCGAUGAUGCCAGCAUCCCCAGCCAAACCAGUGGAACAGCAGACACAGUCCCUGACAGCGAAGGGGGGCACUUGUCCUCUGUGCAAAGUGGUGCGUCCCCCGCGGGCGGGACAUUGCCGGAUCUGUGGAGGCUGUGUCCAGCGCCUGGACCACCACUGUAUCUGGAUAAACAGCUGUGUCGGCAAGGCCAAUCAUCGCAACUUCCUGCUGACCCUGCUCCUCUUUCUGUUGACCUCUCUGUAUGGGAUCAGUCUGGUACUGCGGAGCGUGUGUCCCCGACAGAACCUGCUCACCGCCCUGCUCUACUGCCCUGGUGUCUACAAUCAGUACAGCUCAGCCCUGUGCUUCACCUGUGCUUGGUACAGCAGUAUUGUCACAGGAGGUCUGCUGCACCUGCUGCUGCUGCAAAUGAUCAAUAUCAGCUACAAUUUGACGGAGCGGGAGGCACAACUUGCUCUGCGGAAGAAAAAUGGCCAGAGUCGUGUGCGUGGCCUCGUUGUCGACACAGGGGUCUACUCACGUGGCUUCUGGCAGAACUGGGCUGAAUUCCUGACCAUGGGAGAACCUGCAGAUAGACACCCCUCUGCCCUCACUGACUUGGUUUAGCCUUGGCUUAACACCAUGCCACUCUGACCAACUAGUUCAACACUGCUGGGUUUCAACUAGAAACGCCUUUCCUCAACCAUGAUGGUGGGCUGUGUGGGACUGUGAGCAUCUCUGAACUCUCAACUGCCCUUGGGUCACGCAAACUUAUUGCAACUCAGAGAUGUUCGUUUUGAAUUGUUAAAUAGACCUCUAUAUUCCAAACACUUAGGUAGAGAAAAUAACCAUGUUCCUCCAGGUUGUCAUGGAUAUGACUAUUAGUAUUAGUUAUAACAUGGUGUAAAUAUAAAGGGCUGCUCUGCAUAUUUAAUAAAGUUUUAACCUCUGACAAACAUAUGUUUGAUUUAAUAAAGUUCUAACCUCUGACAAAUAUCUGUUUGAUUUUGCUGGCUACCUUUUUCCAAAAGGAUGUAAAGAUUCUUAACCAUGACAGACUA